AUGAAACAUGAAUUAUCUUCUUCUUAUUCGACGUCGUCGUCAAAUACUUUGGCACGCCUUCUAUUUGCUUACAUUUUGUUGUGUUCGUGGCAUGCUUCGUAUGGCAAUGACUUAUCAACGUCGAUCGACAUCAGCUGGGGGGACGGGCGAGGCAAGAUGGUCAACAAUAAUGAGCUUGUGAUUCUCAGCUUGGAUAACUACUCAGGCUCGGGGUUUCAAUCGAAGAACGAGUACUCAUAUGCUAAGCUAGGAAUGGAAAUGAAGCUUGUUGCUGGGAACUCAGCGGGGACCGUGACUACAUUGUUUCUAUCUUCACAAGGGGAUUACCAUGAUGAGAUAGACAUUGAAUUCUUGGGAAAUACAAGUGGAAAUCCUUACGUUCUUCACACCAAUGUGUUUAGCCAAGGAGUUGGCAAUAGGGAGAUGCAAUUCUACCCCUGGUUUGAUCCUACCACCGAUUUUCACACUUACACCAUUCUUUGGAAUCACCGACACAUUGUUUUCUACUUAGAUGAGAUUCCCAUAAGAGAAUUCAAGAACUAUCAAGAUAAAGGAGUCCCAUACCCACAAUAUCAAGCCAUGAGACUAUAUGCAAGUCUAUGGGAUGCUGAUACUUGGGCCACGAGAGGUGGUCUUGAAAAGAAAGAUUGGAACCAAGCUCCCUUCAAGGCUUAUUACCAAAACAUGAGCGAAGAUGGGUGCUUUUGGCUCAAUGGAUACUCAUCUUGCACUCCCACUUCCAACUCAUGGCUUUGGGGUAAUUUUGAUUAUGAAUAUGCAAAGAAAGGCCAAAUGAAAUGGGCACAACAUAACUUCAUGAUCUAUAAUUAUUGUCAAGAUUCCAAGAGAUUCCCACAAGCCUUCCCUCUCGAGUGCUACCUCAGCAACUCCUAG